AUGGAACUUUCUGCAUUCCCCAACUUCAAAAUUGUUUCCAAUUCUUCAUUAUUCCAUUAUACCUCGAAUCAAAUUCACUCUCGAUUCUCUCUUUCUCUUCGUCACUCCCAUUAUGGCUUUCGGUGUCUGCGUCGGCGUCGCAAUUCAAAACCGGUACCGCAGAUCAGGAUGUGCUCGGAGAAGCUUCCGAACGGUUCCGGUGGAGUCGAAAUCCGAGAAACCAAAUCCGAUUUCGUCGACGUGAUUGCCAUUGGCGGUAGGAAGGACGCGGUUUUUGAUUUCUGCUUGAACUCGCCGUUUCAGUUGUCUUCUCUGCGCUUUUGGAAUGUUAUUGUAAAAGAUUCACAAGAGGUGCAAUUACAACAAAGGCCUACUAAAGAAGAACCUUGCUCAGAAAUUGUCAAAGCUCCAGUAUUUAUGAAGUCAUGCUCAAAGACUAUUGUCCUUGUGGCUAGUGCUGGAUAUGGAUCAGACCACACCGUCGCCGUUGAUAUUUUUGAAACUGUAAGGUCCACAAAUGGACUCACAUUUGCUGUAGUUUUGAAGCCAUUUAGCUUUGAAGGGUUGAGACGAAAAGAUGAGGUAAAAGCUUUGGUGGGGAAACUUAAGAAGAAUACUAAUUUACUUAUCGAAAUUGACAUCGAUGCACUUCUCAAAAAAGACAUGUUGACUCUAGAUGAGGCUAUGAAGACUGCAAAUGACGCUGUUUUGCUAGCUAUUAAGGCCAUAUCAGUUCUAAAAUCAGAAAUGCACAGAAAAUUUAUAGAUAGAUUGCACAAUAGCAUGAAAGAAGCCUGCAAUUCAGAAAUUAUUAAAAUACUGGAAUGCUAUAAAGAAGCCAGAAUUGGAUUUGGGGCUGCUUAUAAUAUCAAAGCUUCAAUUAUGCAGUCUAUAUUUGAUAGUCCUUUUCUGGGUGCUUCUUUGAAGGAUUCAAAUAGUGCAGUUAUAUGCAUUAUUGCGUGUUCUGAACCCAUCAAUGAUAGUGAUAUAGCAGUCUUUCUGCGUACUUUCCGUCAAACAACACAAUACACGAGGGAUAUUAUAAUAUCAACAGUACUCGAGCCUGAUGUCGAGCCCAAACUAUUAAUCACAACUGUCCUUACACUUGGCAGCUUAACCGUGCAACAACCUUCUGAGAAUGGUGGUAUACUAUCCAAACUUGCCCAGCAUUUUCCUCUUGUUUUUAGCUUUUGGGGAAGACAUAGUAUACAACAAAAUUUCUCUGGGAAAGAGGAUGCGGUAUCUUCUCAUGAAAUGAUGAGAUCUUAUAGCAUUGAUGAGAGGGAAAAUAUGGUUAUUCCCCGUACUGUUGAUGACAGAUUUGACAAGCAGUAUGCAGAGUUGGAGCCAGACGCGAGCAACAACAGCUCAAAGUUGUCUGUUUCAAGGGAUUCUGAAAAAAAUGAAGAUUCAUUUGACAAUAUAGCCAAUUCUCCUAUCCCUUAUGAUUCCAUUAACGAAGAAGGCGAAUCUGCUUUUCAGAUGGAACAACUUGGAAACUGGAAUCUGGGCCCUGGAUUUGAAGUUGCAAAAGAAUGGGCCCAAGAAAGGGAAACUGAUGUUACACCAGUGGUCGAUAGCCUAAGCAUAUUCCACCUUCCUGUUGGUGUUAGGCCUUCAGAAGAGUUGAAAGACAGUUUAGAAAUCUCAUUUAUGUCAAAAAAGCAUGAGCCGGAUGCAGUGAAGGAAUUUACAUCUUCACUUCUGAAGGCAAAACUUGUUAAUAGUAAUAAGCCAAAGAAGCAUGGUGUUCUGUCUGUUCGUGCUGCAUCUAUGCUGGAGGCAGAACGCGAUUUGUCAAUAAAGUGGAGUCCUGUUGUGGAAAUACAAUAUAGGGGAGGAAGAUACAAGGGACGAUGCCAAGGCGGUCUGCCUGAAGGGAAGGGGCGUCUUGUUCUUGGAGAUGGAAAUAUCUAUGACGGUUUAUGGCACACUGGCAAGAGAUCAGGUCCAGGAACAUUCUAUUUCAAGAAUGGAGAUAUGUUUCAAGGAUCGUGGAGGGAUGAUGCCAUGCACGGCAAGGGUUGGUUUUAUUUUCACACUGGUGAUCGGUGGUUUGCAAACUUCUGGAAGGGAAAGGCAAAUGGAGAGGGGCGGUUUUACACAAAGUCGGGUGAUGCCUUCUUUGGAAAUUUCAAAGACGGAUGGCGGCAUGGCCAAUUUCUUUGUGUGAAUGCAAAUGGAACGAGGUACACUGAAAAUUGGGAACGCGGUGUUCUUGUAGACAGCAAGCCUUUAGACUGA